AUGAAAUGCUCCCUUGUCUGCCUUUUUCUCCUCUCAAUUGUAUGUGCAGCCUGGGGUGAUGGUGAACAAGAUUCUUUUCCAACUUUUUCCACAUUACCAGUACCAGAGACUCGGCCUUUUGAUGAUUUCUUAUCCUUUGAUUACUACCACCAGAGAUGCCCACAGCUCGAACAAAUCAUCAGCACAAAGCUCAAAUCUUGGAUCGCAAAGGAUCACACUCUCGCCGCCAGUCUCCUCAGGCUGCAUUUUCAUGACUGCUUCGUCACGGGAUGCGACGCUUCCAUUCUGUUGAACCACGAGGGGAGUGAGAGGAGAGCCGGGACAAGCAAAACCUUGAGAGGAUUCCAAGUCAUCGACGAUAUCAAGGCGGAGGUGGAGAAAUCCUGCCUUGCAACAGUUUCUUGCACCGACAUUCUAACAGCAGCCACUAGGGACGCCACUGUCAUACUCGGUGGUCCUUAUUGGAGGGUUCCCUACGGCAGGAAAGAUUCCACAACUUCGAAUGAAAAAGACGCGGACACAGUGCCGAUAGGUCGUGAAAGCGUUACCGAGCUGCUCGAGUUGUUCCAAUCCAAGGGUCUUAAUUUAGUAGACCUAGUAGUUCUCUCGGGAGUGCACACCAUUGGAAGGACAUCAUGUGGUGCAAUUCAGCACCGGGUAUUCCAGGGUUUGAAUGGAACAUCGGACAUGUCGAUCGACAAUCGGUACUUGGAUUACUUGCAGAGAAAAUGCAGAUGUGGAGGGGAUGAGUACGUUGAUCUUGAUGCUACAACACCAACCACUUUCGACUCCCAAUUUUAUGCCAAUCUGGAGAGAAAGAUGGGACUUUUAUCAACUGAUCAAAGACUUUAUUCUGAUUCGAGGACUUUACCUGUGGUUAAUGCUUUGAUCCAAACCCCAUCCCUUUUCAGACACCAAUUUGCAGUGUCCAUGGUAAGGCUGGCUAACAUUCAAGUCCUCUCCGGUCCACAUGAAGAUGGCCAAAUUCGAACCAAUUGCAGUUUUGUCAACUCUUAUUAA